AUGAAUUUAGAAUUCGACUUUCGAGUUUUGGGCGAUGGAAGAAGCGCAUCUGCACGUUAUGCCAACAAUUCCAAUUAUCGAAACGAUUCCCUGAUCCGCAAAGAAAUGAACAUUAGCUCGUUAUUGGUUGAGGAAAUCAAGAGGAUCAUCAAAACCAUGCACGCAGCUCAUGAUUUCAAUAGGGAAGAUGAUAGCAAAUGGCCUCAGAAGAACAAAGAUGGACGCCAGGAAUUAGAAAUCAAAAUAGGCAGCGAGGUUAUUUCUUUCGAAACUGCCAAAAUUGGAUCUCUCGUUGAUGUCACGGAAUCUCAAGAUCCUGAAGGUCUUCGCGUGUUCUACUAUCUUGUGCAAGAUUUGAAAGCGUUGGUGUUUUCAUUGAUAGCACUUCACUUCAAGAUCAAGCCUAUUUAA